AAAGAACCGAUGUGCUAAUUCCUAUGACUAACGCCUUUCAUUCAACAUUCCUUCCAGCAUCCGUCAUACACGUACUGUCUUCUCGUACGUAGUCAUUUCCUUCAGUUACUCACCGCCGGAUACACCAUAAAAUACGAUGAAAAUUCUAUUCGUUUGCAUCGGAAACUCCUGUCGCUCGCCGAUGGCGGAAAGUGUGAUGAAAAGCGUGGCAGCCAAGCAUAAUCACCCGGACUGGCACAUCGACAGUGCCGCCCUGCGCGAAUGGAAUGUGGGCCGCAGCCCGGAAGAGCGGGCGCUCCAGGUACUGUCGGAAAAUGGGCUGACCUCCGAUCACGUCGGCCGACAGAUUUGCUCGGAUGAUUUCUGUCGGUUCGAUUACAUCUUCGGGAUGGACGAGUGGAAUCUGGCCGAUCUAAUGGAGCUGGCGCCGGCGGGCGAACAGUGUCGAGCUAAAAUCGAACUGCUCGGAAACUACCGAGGCAAGGAGCUGGAUAAGAUUAUCAUCGAUCCGUACUUUGAACACGGUAUCCACGGGUUUCGUAGAUGUUUUGAUCAGAUCGUCAUAUGCUGCGAAAAUUUUGUCAAAGCACACGGUUAAAACUCAUGUGACUAAUGGUACAUUAAUGAAUUUGUGGAAAACGUGAAACUAUACCAAACAAAGGGAUGACAUUUAGGU